AUGCUCACCAUUCGGCGCUCCCUAACGAUCACCGGGCCCGCAGCGCGCACCUUCAUCAACCUCUACUCGACUGUCUCGGGCCUGACACGCAAGAACUGGCGCACAGGUGGAGGACCAGCACCCCUCUCGCUCGUGCACGAUCCCGACGCGGCAGACUCAUCUGCUGUGCACACCCCGCCUCCACGGCGGAAGAAACAUGCACAGGGCCCUACACCAGAAGAAUUCUCAGCGCACCGUGCAGCGAUGAAGCAGGCAUUCCCGGAGGGCUGGGCGCCGCCGCGCAAACUCUCACGCGACGCGAUGGACGGGCUGCGCUCGUUGCACGCGACGGACCCCGAGCUGUUCACCACGCCCGUCCUCGCGGAGCGGUUCUGCAUCAGUCCGGAGGCCGUGCGCCGCGUUUUGAAGAGCAAGUGGACGCCGACGCGGGAGCAGCGCGCGCGUUUACUGGAGCGUGAGCGGCGCGGCAGGGAGGAGUGGAUAGCGCAGAGGAGGCUGGACGAGAGGCGGAAACAGCUGGAGCUUGAGAGGCAGAUGGGACGGGUGAGGGGGGUGAGCCGGAAGGACAAGUUGUCGUUGACCUAA